GCGGCAUCAAAAUAGGUGGUGGGCGAGUCAUGGCGAAGCAGGUCUCUGGUGCAGUGGCAGCACCUCCUCAACCGGGGCACGCGAGUGUCCUCGGAGCUUCAGCAUCGACGAUCUUGCGCAACAGUGCGAGUUUCCAUCACACCACGGUCGAUGGCACGACGAUCAUGGCGACUUCACGGGACCAGGGCCCUGUUGACGUCGCGACGCCACCGCGCGGGGGUAGAGCACCCGAGAGCGAGCGGCAACCUGUAAGUCCCAAUCUGAGUUUGAUCAUCGAAGCAAACCUCCAGAGUGCGCAAAAGGUAAAGGUUCCGCCCAACUCAGCGAUCAAGCUUGGUCGUGCUUUGGCGCUGGAUGCGUCAGCGCAUCGCCGCGAGCUGGAGGAGGCAGUGCAGGAGGCAGGUCGUGUUUUGCGGUUUGACGAUGAAGCGACUACUACAACAGGCCAUCUCCCUUUAGGACAGCAGUCGCAGGAAGCAGCACUGCUCUCAUCAACGACCGGAGCAGCGGCUGGCGCAACGGGUCGCACAAUGAUGCGUGCUGACGAGUAUCUCAAAACUUCACAGCUCUACGCAAGCAUGCAGUCGCACAACAACCGCUCAUUAGACGUGGAAGACAGCAGAUGCUGGGGUACUGGACAUGUAGUCGUACGGGAAGAGGAACCUGCGAUCAAGGCUGUGGACGCCGGAGAAAAGUCCAUUGACAUUGAGAGUGACGCAACUCCAUGGUCAGCGUCUGGCGUAGAGACGACGCAGCCAGCAAAACUCGAUAUUAAUUAUGGGAAAAUUUUUUAUCACCUAACAAACCGCUUAGCAGAAGUUUUCGUGUGAGGUCACCUAUGAUUUUAAGUUGUCAAAUUAUAUGAUUGACACUGUUCUGUCGUGGCCCGAAUCAUAGAAAGAGAGAAGUAAGAACUUUCGGUCCAGAAUUACAUCAAGCUAUGCUUUCUGUUUUCAUAAGUUCCCGAACCAAAUGCCUGCAAAAGGAAAAGCAAGUGCUGUAAUCGAGAACGGAAAGGCGGAAGUCGCAGUUGCUGCGGUAGAUGCUCAAGCGGCUGCAGCUUCCUCGUCCUCAUCGGGCAGGGCAGAUUCGAGGAUACCGGAAGACCGAGCUCCAAGCUUGGCGGCCUUGAUUGGUUCAGGGUCGCCGUUCAGUUGGGAUGCGCGUUAUCUGGCAGUAGCCAUAGGGGACUGGAUCUCUCUGGAAGCACACGCAAACAAAGACAACAACUCCUUCGGGUCGAAGUCGGUGAUUCCGGUGCAUCAUCCCGUCUACGCUCUGGACACGCGUGACACGCUUCUUGCUGUACUCUGCGAGGGCCGUGUAAACUUAUAUGAGGUGCGCACACGAGGUGGAAACUCCAGUACGACAUCUUCAGGGACGAACAGCGCUGAAAAGGCGGCAUCAACUAGUAAGCAGGGCGUAAAUAACGGAGACCAAAGCAGUUCUGAAAGCUGUAAGAACAACAACAGUAGCACGUCUGCACUCGUGACUACGAGCGCGGACCCGGAUGUGGUUGGAAGCCGUUUCGGAUUUGAACCAGCAGCACGGGCCACUACGGAGACGGAGGCGGGCGUGGAAGUAGAGGAGUCUCGUUUUACAACGAGGUUGCUCGCAACCACACCCUUUCCGACGAGUACGGGGCGAGGAUGCUUUGUCAAGUUUCUGGACGGGGAACACAUUAUCGUGGUCUCUCCAAGACCACGCGGCGCUAGUACUGCCGAGGAGAAUUUAUCGCUUGUGGAUCCCGAUGAUGCCGCGGGAGUUACGACAGAGUGAUUGGGUUUUUUGAUUUUCUAGCGUACGUAGUGGAAUCGGGAUAAAAAACAAAAGAGCCGCUAGUAUAGAUAAAUGUGUAAUCAGGCCUACUUAUCCGUGAAAUGUUGUGGAGCGGAGUGAAAUUUCUCGUGCACAAUCCUUACCUGCUUUCAUUGUGUUCGGUGUGGUUGCGAACGUCAGCGGUAAAGCGAAGUCAAAGCAUGGGGACAAGGCGCUCGAGGGUCGCAUCGAUGUGCUUAGGAUACCUCCAAGUGCGACUGCUGAAGGACGGAUCGCGAGCGAGCAGGGAGACACUCUAGCACAGGGUUCUGAACAAGCGGAAGCUGGCGUCACAAGAAGUACUAUAGGCACACGAUUUGGUGAUUUACAAUCGCUGGAAAAAGUGACCUCAGCGGUAAUGGCAGCAGUGCCAACGCAUGUGAUCGUAGCUCCUCUAGCUGAGUUCGUAACUUUGUCGUCGCAAGCCUUGGUAUUCUGGCGGCUCUCACCGGAAAACCUGUUACAGUUUCAGCAGUCUCACCGACCGGCGUGGGUGUCGCAGAACCACUACUUUACGUCGCUGGCUUUCGUUCAGGUACUUCCAUUUUGCUAAGUGUGGUGCGGGGAAGUGCUAUUACUCAUUAUUCAUGUCACUAAUGAAUUUGAAUUUUACUAAAUUGAAAUACAAGAACCAUAAGAUCGUCGGUUAGAAGUUAGAAAUUGAAGGUUGCUUUAGAAGUAUCCUCUAAAAAGUUCAAAAUCCUUAAAGAACAUCAGGUGAAACCGGACGUGAGCCGUGUGCUCGUGGGAACGAAUCGUGGCGUCCUUCUGACGUAUGACUUUGAAGAAAAUAUGCCCGUAAACGAGAUGUCGCUUCCGCGGGACCCGUUGGCAAUCAACGCCAUUGGAGCUUCCGCUUACCCUCUCGUACUUGCAGGCGUUGGAAGCACAGUCGUAAAGCUUCUCGUCGACGAGGCAGGAAACAAAAUCGCAUCGAUGCCGAAAGGGUACGUAAACUUUGCUAGCGAAUAUCAAUCUCAGACAAAGGCACAGGUUUUACAUUGUAAGCGAAGUGUUUGAUUUCUCAGACGUCCAAGAACUAUCGACAAAGAAGAAAUCGAUUAUAUAAAUAUGAUAGUGAAAUACUGACUUUGAAAAGUCCUCGGUCUACCUUACUCUAGGUAUGUGGACAAUUGCAGUCUCUCGAAACGGCUAGCGAGUCGUCAAACAACGUCGGAGAAAACUGUGCAGUUGGAUUCCUCGGUGCGGUGCAUAUCGCUCCUAGACGCUUCCGGGCGGAGUAUGGUCGCAACACAUGCAAGCCUGUGGUACGUAAACUGGCGGUCGAAUUUGAAAGUCCGGCUACAUUCCUUCCACGCCUCAGCCUCUCACCAAGUGCGCGUGAGUUCAGACGCUGUGCGUCCAAUAAUCGCAACCUGUGCCGAGGAUGGUCUGGUGCGGCUCUGGAGCUACAAAAAAGGUAGCAACCCAGUCAAUUAUGAGACUACGAGAAGCUUGAUAUCGGGACUUUCGUAAAGAUUUUCAUGAUAUUCUGGAAGGAAAUACAGACUGUAUGAAUGAAUCUAUCUAUUCAUAGAAGGAUGGCCGUGCUCUUCUAAUUUGCGGAACCUGCCUCGAAAACGACUACCGGCGCGCAUGUGGACGGCUUCAGCCUGGAGUGUGGCGGAAGUUUGACAGGAAUGGCGCAGUUUUCUGGUGUCUCGGCUUGUUUAUCGCUAACGUUUUUGAGUGCCCGCAUUCUCUUUUGUGGCUUCCAGGAUGGGUGCGUCCGCCUUUUCGAUGUGGAGAACCUUUCCAGCAUUGGGCGAGUAGAGGUCGAGAAUACCCCAUUGUGUCUCGUUGAGGCUCUGGGCCCGCAGGCGGCCAUCGCGGCGACUUCUUCAGGCAAGGUAGUGCAGAUCAUGAUCCGGCUUUCCUCUACACGCGACGUCGUCGAUGCGCGUCGCGCGGAACUCAAGGGUGCAGAAGGAAACAGUGGCGCAGUCACCUGCACGCACGUCUUCAAAGAUCGCUUUCUGGUCGCCUUUGAGCAUCACGAGGUAUGGAUCUGGCAGACGGAACGCAAGCGGAAGCCCGCGCUCUCGCAGGUGUGGGUUCUGCCAAAGACGGGGAACCACAAAGCACCCGGUAUUCAACUUUUUGCACCGGUUUUGUUUCUUCCUUCAGCCAAUAUGUUGCAACAACUGGUAGAGCUAAAUGGGACUUUUUCUUUGACUUUCUAAGGUCGCUGUGUCUGAAUUCGAAAAACUAACCACUUGAAGGCGCAGGCGCUGGAUCGGGCAAGGACAGGUGUGGGGUGCAGGCUUGCUUUUUGAGUGAAAAAGUAGUGGCUGGCAUGGUGAAAAGCCUCUUUUACGUGUACGACGUUGCCGCACGAACACUUUUAAACCGGGUGCAGCUUGACGUAGAGGCGGUCCGGAUAAUCCCAGCACGUUGUUCGCCAUUCUGCAAUGACGACACUCCGCCAGCAGGCGUCGGCGCGGGCGGUCAGUACGCGGUAGACCCUCCUUCUCUUCUACUGCUGACAACGGUCGGGUCUGUCGGCGAGGUCAAGUUGUGGGAUUCGGCCAGUCAGUAUCGGGAAAAAUUGCCUUUCGCUGGGCCUGGUCGAGGAACGGACCUGCAAAUGCUGCAGGCGGGAAAACUUGUUGUAAAAACAGACAACGGGCUCUGCGUGUGGCAUAUCUAGUAGGGCGGAGGUAAACGCCUAUUACAGCGAAGAUUAAGAUUUAGAAUAGUAGAUACCGAUACGAAAGGUGAUGCCGUGGCGCUUCAUUUCUUGAAUGUGCGUGGUGUCUCAGAGCAAGCUGAUUUGCAGAUAUCUCAGGACUAGCGAUGUUUCUUUUUUCUACCCUUUUUGCCAUCCAAAUAGAUUCAUUCUGUUAUCACAAGACUAUCUACGAUUUAAUGGAUGACAUCAUUUUGUAGGUCUCAUUGUUGAUGGGUUGAUGGUGCUGACUUCUAAUGUAUGAGAAAUUUUCUAGAAAUAGGUUAGCUGCCCUCAACGAUCGACACCUUUUUGGUUUGAAUAUAUCGACCAUCGUUUGGCUUUUUGAGGCCUCUCAUAUGGUAAAAUGAAUACUGACACAAAUAGUCAACUGUCUGAAAAUUUCAACUGGUCACUGGGUGACAAACUAGUUUUCUCCCAGACGUGGACAUCGAUGACUUUUCGUAUACUAUAAAUAUAGUAAAACCUCGUACUUAUCAUUGCUGCAGCGUUCACCUGAUUCCAGCGAGUUACUAUCCUGCAAUUUUCUUGCACGAGCAUGAAGUUGCUCAGGCUUGUUCAAGACCAGCUGGUCGUGCAGCACUGAGAUAUGUACCAUGUACAGGGGCGCUUGUCUUGCACACGACAUCAUAGCAUCUUCAGCGACGACGGAUACUUCGAUCCUUGUGCUCUCUGGUUGUCGACUGAUCUGACGGAUACUCGAACGGGAAACAGCUAAGAACAGCAAUGGACGAGUAUUUGGUGGUUUACUAGCUUCUGCAGUGGCGGUGACGUCGCAGUUGUAUAUUACUUAGCACAUAUUACAGAGUAGUUUAUAGCACGCAUGGUGCAUGGAGUAGCAUGGAGGGCAUGGAGC